GUGUGGCAUGGACAAAAGUGUAGGUAAGUCUCAGGUAAUCAACUCAUCAGUUAGUACAUCUACACUGACAUAUGAUGGUCAUGUGACUGCAAAUCCAAACAACCCUGCUGAAUUUGUAAAUCAUGGACUAUUCCUCUGGAACCAAAGCAGAGAGCAGUGGAUAGGACACAAGAAGCUUGUCAACCAACCACAACAGCUCCGUGAACCUAAAUUAAAUUGGAAUGCUACGUAUGAUAGUUUGUUUGGGAGCAACAAGCUGUUGCCCAUGUCUAUCCCGCUUGCUGAAAUGGUAGAUUUCCUAAUGGAUUUUUGGGAGCUGGAAGGACUGUACGAUUGACAUGUUUGUAAGUAAGGGAUUAUUUUAUCGAUGAAUGAUGAACAGUCAAGUAGUGACAGACACUUAGAUAGGCUGAUGUAAAUUUGAUUUACUUCGUGACUGGGAAGGUAGGAGGUUACUAAUGGAGUUUCUCUAAUGAAAUUUAAUUAACUUCUGGCAAAUUGAAACAUUUUGUACUGAUAAAGGCGUGUUUAGACAUGAAUUAAUUGAUAUUUUAAAGAAAAUAUUUGCAAGUUGAGAUUGUGUUUG